GAGUAGUAUAUUUUCUAAUGAUCAAAAAUCAAAAUUCACACAACAAAGGAAGUGCGAUUUGUGAACAAUAAUCUCAAUUUGCCUCUCUCAUCGGCGGCGGCGAAGAUGAUGCACAUGACCUUCUACUGGGGCAAAAACGUCACCGUUUUGUUCGAUUUCUGGAAAACCGAUUCCUGGACCAGCUACGCCCUCACCUUGUUCGUCUCCUUCCUCUUCUCCGUCUUCUACCAGUACAUGGAGGACCGCCGUCUCCGAUUCAGGAUUGCCGGAUCCUCCUCCUCAUCCGGAAGUGACAAGGAGAAUCGGGCGGAAGCUCCUCUGAUCCGAUCCGCCGGCUUCCGCCGGAUCGCGGCGGCGAGAAUGACAGGAGCUCUGCUUUUCGGGAUCAGUUCGGGCGUCGGAUACCUCCUGAUGCUGGCCAUCAUGUCUUUCAACGCCGGCGUAUUCAUCGCCGUCGUCGUCGGCCUCGCCGUCGGGCACCUGCUUUUCAGGAGCGGCGGGGACGAGGACUCGGUGGUGGUGGGCAAUUCGUGCGCUUGUGCUUAAGUCAUUCCGUAUUUAGGGAAUUGAUUUUACAUUUCUUGUUGGUAUUAUGGCUAUUCCACCAUUUCCGCAUCUGCCUGCGUUAACGUUACUCCAUAUCAAUUACAGGCAGAUAACCAAAUUCUGCCUUUAUAUAGUUAGAAUUUAGUGUGCUGUUGGGCGUAGAUAAAAUUUAUUUUAUGUUAUGUAAUAUAGUUGUAUGGGUCUUCUCUUGUAAAGCUAUGGAGCUCAAUCAUACAUCUCUUCUUGUAAAACUAUUAUCACACUUGUGCGUUGCACGGAUUAUUUUUAUGUUAUUAAAUUCAAAUCAUUUUU